AUGGAAUCUGAAGAGGCUUUGGUAAGGAACAGAAACCCGUCAGAAAUAACAGGGUUACUGAAGGCGGAUAAAACCAGACUGAAGUGGAUAUCGUGGUACGUCAUCGUACAAUGUAUAACAGUGUUCAUAGGAGUAGCAACAAUCCUCCACUGCUUCUGGAAGCCGAACGAUGGCACCUACGAGCUAGAGAUCCUCGCCCGCAUUAUGUAUCUGUACGACACCAAUGCCUGCGAGAAGACCAGGUCCUUCAGGAAGGUCCAGAAUAUACUAUUCAGCAAUAAUACCUUUGGGUAUAAUAUUAUCCCUAUCAAGAAUAAACAGGCGGCCGUCAAUGUGGUCACUAAGUUAUCUGGGCUGACUAGGACAUACAUGAAAUUCAGUCUCGGCCUCCACGUUUUCUGGUUCGUCUCUGCUAUCCUCCUGCAUGCUCUGAUCAAUGUCCGCAACAUGAAGGUGAUGAAGAUCGUCCUUAAGACCUUCCGUUUCGUCACCAUGACCGUCGUCGUAUUUGACGUCUGCAUGGCGAUUGUGUAUAUCGCGGAUAUUCAGCAGAGCUUGACGAAAGCUAUGAUUAUAAGAUAUAGCGGCUGGGGCAUGACUCCCAGCCAGAUCAUGAACCCGGACAGCUUCGGAGGCUGGGUACCGAUCAUGGCGUCUGCCUUGUGGCUGCGGGGCGGGAUUUUCUUCAUCAACCUUUAUCUCGUCAGAUUCGUGAAGUUAAUGAUACAAAAGAUCCGCGGCAAGGAGGUGAAGAGCCGCAUCAGCAAGCUCUGUAACGUGCCCUUCCCCGAGGCCACCAGCCAGAGAGAGGACGGGGGCGCCUUGUACUACAGGGCUGGCCAGUACCACAAGUUCUAA